UGACCACGGCACUGACGGUCGACCUAACGAGAGUACACACCAAACACCGAAGAUGACCUUCUGCACUGGUGGCUGGUGUCGAAAUUUGACCGAUUGCGCAUUAAACCGAUCGUCUUAUAAAAACGAUUGCUCACCGAAUUUUCCGAUCAAUCCGUGAUCAUCCGUCGCAACAGAGAGCCGGUUAACCGAAAGUGGACAGCUCAAAUCGAUCAAACACAAUGAAGGUGCUUAUAGCAGUGCUAUCGGUGGUAGCGGCCACUCGCGGCCAGCUAAUUGAUCCAUACACGAACGAAGGGUUGUUACCGUACAACGGUUGGCCACAGCAGCCACUUCUGCAGAACCUCCUGAAUCCCUACGCCGUGUAUCCGUUCCAGCAGCUGCCACCAAUUCCGAUUGCUCCACAACCGUACCCACUGCUUCCGACCGGGCAACAGCUUCCACCGGUACCCGUUCCCUUUCCCGCUCAGUAUCCUCUGCCAGGACAGCUGCAACCGACCGUAAACUAUCAACUGCCCCUUCCUCAGCAGCCCAGCUAUCAGCAGACGCAGGUAGUACGCCACGGACAGCCACACUCCGAUGCAGCGGCCGUAUCCUAUUCGUCACUGAGCUACAACAAUCCACAGGCACCACUUCAGACGACCACCACCACGGGCAGUGGACCAGCGACCGGAAGCACACCUCAACCGGUGGUACAGACGAGUCCGGUCAGUAGCCCCGUCCCGGUCCCGAUUACACCAGCCGUCAGCCCGGCAGUCGUUAAAGAUAUUGCCACCUUUGGAACGGAGUAUGGUACCGGAGCGGAUAAAUCGCCGGUAGCUCGGUACGAGGCCAUCAAUGCCGGUUCGGUACAUGUGGCACCCCUACCGGGACACACCGUCGAUCAGAAGCUGAUCGCACCGGGAACGGCUGAGCAGAAGGCGUAGAGGCGGCUCGACCUCGGUUGAAGGUUGAAGACAUUUUGUCUUUUUAAUAAAACGGUUCCUGAUUCCCUGUUUGUUUAUGUUCAAAGCGGGCGCGAGUAGAUGUUGUCUGGGACUUCCCUGGUAUUAUUAUUCCUAGCAUUUGUCCCCUAACAGACGUAUUGGUUAGUUGUCGAUGUAGAGGUUAGAGGAUAACUAGAGCAUCCAUCACUCAGCGAAAUCAUAAUGAUUUACACUUAUUGGCCAUUUAUUGCACUACUUCGCCUGCUAACUCGCUCGGCGGUCGGUCGGCAAUACCUGAUCGUUAUCUGUAACAAGCCACCACCGGCACACAGUGGGUGACCUUCAGAUUUUGCCAUUGUUAGUGACUUGUUAGUAAUGCUGA